AUGAAGACCAACACUCUCGUCUCCUUGCUCGGCCUCUCCAGCAGUGCUGCUGCGGCCGCCGUGUCUACCCGCACCAGCAAGCCCUUCGGAUAUGCCUCCGGUUCCAAGGAGUCCAUUGCCAACCUGAAGGACAAAAUCGAGAAUGUGGUGUGGAUCCUGCUGGAGAACCGCAGUUUCGAUAACAUCCUGGGUGGAGUUGAGCGUAAUGGUCUCGACAACGUCAUCAACAAUGGCCCUUUCUGCAACCUCCAGGAUGUGACCAACCCCAGCAGCGCCAAGUGGUGCAGUGUCUACAAGGACUUUGACUCGGUCCGCCACGACCCCGAUCACUCGGUCACUGGAUACAACAUGGAGCAGUACGGUACCUACAACCCCAACAACGCCGACAUCGCCAGCGGCAGCCUUAAACCCAGCAUGCAGGGCUUUGUGGAGCAGCAGAUGGCUCACCAUAAGGGCAUUGACCCUAAGUUGGCCACUGAAGAGGUCAUGGGAUACUACUCUGAGGAUGAGAUCCCAACUCUGGUUGACCUGGUUGACGAGUUUACCACCUUCAACUACUGGCACUCUUGUGUCCCUGGUCCUACCAACCCCAACCGUCUUUGCUCCGUUGCCGGUACAGCCGAUGGCCACGGAAGCAACGACAAGAGCUUCGACGUCUCUGGCGUCGAUAUCCCCAGCAUUUUCCAGGCCGCCACCGAGAAGGGUAUCUCCUGGCAGAACUAUGACGGCACCAACGGUGCUUUCCUGUCUGAUGCUCUCUUCUUCAACUGGACCGCCCAGCACGCCAAGAAGAACGUCGUUCCCCUUGAGAACUUCUACCAGGAUGCCUACCUCGGUCUUCUCCCCCAGCUCUCCUACAUCAACCCCUCCUGCUGCGACCUGAACACCAACUCCAUGCACCCCUCCGGCAACGUCUCCUUCGGCCAGGUCCUCGUCAAGCAGAUCUACGACGCCGUGCGCACCGGCCCCCAGUGGGACAAGACUCUUCUGCUGGUCACCUUCGACGAAACCGGCGGCUUCUUCGACCACGUCGAGCCCCCUCUCGCUGUUCGCCCGGAUAACAAGACCUACACCGAGACCGCUCUCGAUGGCAGCAAAUACACCUUCAGCUACGACCGUCUUGGUGGCCGCAUGCCCACCUGGCUGAUCUCCCCUUACUCCCCUAAGGGACACAUUGAGAACUACGGUGUCGAUCCUGCCACCGGCGAGUCGGCCCCGUACAGUUCGACCUCCGUUCUCAAGACCCUCGGAUACCUCUGGGACCUGAAGGAUCUUACUCCCCGUGUCUCCCACUCUCCUGCGUUCGACCAUCUGAUCGGUCCCCACAAGCGUCACGCUCCUGCUGCAUUGGCUAACCCUCGCCCAUUCCCUGAUGCGGUUUAA